AUGUCAUCGCCUUCACAGAAAAUAUGUCCUUCCUUAGCUCAGAUGAUUGGUGUGAAACCAAGUGAAUCAGUGCAGAGAACAUCUAAUGGCCGGGUCAAAAGACCCAUGAAUGCUUUCAUGGUGUGGUCUCAAGGUCAGAGGAGAAAGCUGGCUCUGGAGAACCCUAGCAUGCAAAACUCAGAGAUUAGCAAACAGCUGGGAUACCAAUGGAAAAUGCUGACAGAAGCUGAAAAAUGGCCAUUCUUUGAAGAGGCACAAAGACUCCAGGCCCUCCACAAAGAGAAAUAUCCAAACUAUAGGUACCAGCCUCGGAGGAAGGAUAAGAUAUCACAGAGCAGUUUCAGUUUGCUGCCCACAGGUACCACUUUGAAACAGUAUAUCCAGGUGCAGAGCAGUGGGAGGCUGAAUUCUUUGACAUACAGGGAGGACACCCCUCCUUUUAUGGGCUCAGGACCAGAGAACCAACUAAGCCCUUCACUAUCAGCAGAAACUACCAGCUUGCUGCAGGAAAAUAAACAUCACAGCAUCAUCUCAACAAAUCAGUGUGAUAGGUGA